CUGGUUAAAGGCAAAUCACGUGACUUCUGUGAAACGCUGCUCCGAUGUGAAACUGACGAUCUUCAGAGAGAGAGGAGACUCAGAGGAGAUGGAAUCAAACAGGAGCAGUGAAGAGAGAGAAUCCACACCAGAGGAGAAGCGCUACGACCCGGACGAUCCGACUCUGAUCAUCGUGGAUGAAGAAGAUCAACUAGACUUUGAGUUGGACAACUUUCCAUCUCCCAGAGCUCUGAUGUCUUGUGGUCACGCCGUCACCCCGACGUCUCUCACCAACUGGUGCCGCCGGCAGCUGGACCAGGGCCAGAGAUUCUUUGCUUGUGGGAUGCCUGACUGUGACUUUGAGUGGUCCUUCAAGGAAGUCCGUCGAAUGGCUCUUCUGACCCCUGAAGAAAUCCGCUACUUUGAAAUGAAAAUAUUUGAAAAUGCCAAGGAUUGCUUCGAUAUUAAAUCAUGUCCUGGCUGCCAAUCCACAUUGAUGAGGAACGAUUUCACCAAUCUCUGCGCUCAGUGCACGGUGUGCACCAAUGACCGAAAAGAACCUUUCUUCUUCUGCUGGCAGUGCCUGAGAGAGUGGCGAGGCCCGUCGCCACGUACAGACCGCUGUGACAACAAAGACUGCUUCAAUAAGUCCCUGGAGACUCUGAAGAACUGUCCAGACAUGACCUUCUUAGAAGUGGAGGGGGUCACCGGCUGCCCCUCCAUCCGGGCCUGUCCCUCCUGUGGCUUCCUGCUGGGACACGACCAAACCGGCUGCAAGAACUUGGUGUGUCCUCGAUGCGGGGAGGAGUUCUGCUUCGUGUGUCUGAACAUCACCGACGACUGCUGUGAGACCAGUGACGCUUAUGACCUUUGCUCUGGUGGCGUGGCCCCAAGACAGACCUCCAUACCCGCUCUGAAGGGGGAAGACUGGUCCCGUUAAGUUCUGCUCGUGAUCCAGCUCUCAGUAAUCUUGGGCUAUUUUCACACCAUUUGCCAAGUUAGGCUGAUGCAUAAUUUGAACAUGACACUUUCAACAAAAUGCUGCAUUUAAUCUGUAGUCAUGGUAACAGGAUGCUACUCUUUGUUAUCGUCUCCCGUAGUCAUGGAAACGUGAUGGUUAUGUGGUUACAGACUUUUUGACAUUCAGGAACACAUUUGAUAUAUACAUAUAUAUAUACAUAUAUGUAUAUAUAUACAUAUAUAUGUGUAUAUAUAUAUAGUAUAUAUAGUAUCUAUUAGGGGUGUUUAAAAAAAUCGAUUCGGUGAUAU